GCGCGCAGUCGCGGCGGCCUCGCUCCCGCCCCCGCCGGGAGGUCCGACGUGGAAGUUGCUGGCUGACCAGGCUUCCAAGGAAACCCCCGGGGAACCAGAGCCCGAGGCCGAGCCGGAGCCGGAGCGCAGGCCGAGGCGAGGGGAGGUGGCGGCGCCGAGGCUCGAUUAGGAGUCGCUGCCGAGGCCGGGCCCAGUCUCCGCCGGUCGACGAGGGAGGACAGGCAGUUCAUCAUGGGUGGCUUUUUCUCAAGCAUUUUUUCCAGUCUGUUUGGAACCCGGGAAAUGAGGAUUUUAAUUUUGGGAUUAGAUGGAGCAGGAAAAACUACAAUUUUGUACAGAUUACAGGUUGGAGAAGUCGUUACUACUAUUCCUACCAUUGGAUUUAAUGUUGAGACGGUAACAUACAAGAACCUAAAAUUCCAAGUCUGGGAUUUAGGAGGACAGACAAGUAUCAGGCCAUACUGGAGAUGUUAUUAUUCAAACACAGAUGCAGUCAUUUAUGUAGUAGACAGUUGUGACCGAGACCGAAUUGGCAUUUCCAAAUCAGAGUUAGUUGCCAUGUUGGAGGAAGAAGAGCUGAGAAAAGCCAUUUUAGUGGUGUUUGCAAAUAAGCAGGACAUGGAACAGGCCAUGACUCCCUCGGAGAUGGCAAAUUCACUUGGGUUACCUGCCUUGAAGGACCGAAAAUGGCAAAUAUUCAAAACUUCAGCAACCAAAGGCACUGGCCUUGAUGAGGCAAUGGAAUGGUUAGUUGAAACAUUAAAGAGCAGACAGUAAUUCAGUCACUUCUGCUCCUUUGAAACGAAGACCACAUCGCAUACCCCUUUGGAAACAGUUAAAGUGUGCUUCACACUACUAAAUGUUAAAACCGUAUGAUUAUCAGCAUAUACCAAACUGACUGCAACAUUUGUAAUAAAUAUUAAAAAUAAGUAUUUGGUUGGAAGGGUAACUCAUCGUGAUUGAAUCAACUGAAGUCUGUUCUGUAUAAUGUAAAAUAUUCCUUCCUUGUUAUCUUGUGUUAAGGUAUAUAUUCUAUUUGUGUGGAAUUCUUAUUCAGAUACAGUCCUAUUAAAGAAUGUACUCUUAUUGAGGACAAAGCCCUGUGAUUUUAAAUUAGUGGUUGCAGCUUGUUUGUAUUAACACUAAAAAAUAUCUUAACUCAGAUUUUUUUCCCCCUAAAAUGAAUUAAGUUUUUCCAAAGAUUAGGCUCAAUAGAGUAGGCUAGGAACCUAGCGUGGGUAAUUAUAGUCUUCGUUUGCUUAAUGACCACUUUAAGCUGUUUCAUUUAAAAGCUUUUGGUUAUAGGCAUGAAGUUGAAGUAAUUAUUUUGGUGGCUAUCUUCACUGACUUAUCUGUAAUUAUCAUUUUAUAGUAUUUAUGGUUCUUGGGGAAUUUUUACAGAUUUGGACCUUCCUAGUCAGUUUGUACAGGAACCCUGUGAGGUAGCUAGGACAUCAUUUUUACAUCUUCAUUUUUAUGGACAUAGACCCAAAAUUCUGAUAGACUGGCUUGACCAAUGUCAACUGCUAGGGAGGUGGGAAGAGGGCUUAAAGUGAGACUUCACAGGGUCAGAAGUUUGUCCCAUAAACUAUACCAUAAAUUCCUGAAAAUGCCAACAUUGACAACACAGCUUAACUCCUUAUAUAAAAUAAAGCUAAUUGAAGUAGACACAGUACAAUCAGAAUAAUGUCUAUAAAUUUAUUUGUCCUUACUAGUAGAGGUAGUAAAAACAAUCCUAAAUGGUUAUAUUUGUUGGAAUUCACAACACAUUAAAGAAAAUUUCACAUUAAAGGAAAAUUUUUAAAAAGAUAUAUUUUAAGAAGCAUUGUAAAAGACGUUUUUGCUGCCUUUGAUUCCUUUUAUCUACCUGUAAUUGAACAUGUAAAUUUGAUUGGUGAAAAGUCAAAAUCUUAUUGACUCUACAGGGAGAAAUUAAGUAUUCCUUUAAAAAUUAGGCUUACUGCUGCUAGGCUAUCAAAAACAAUUAUAUUCUAAGGGACUUUUUAAAGGAACUUUUCAAACAACCCAGUCUACAGUAUGACAGAAGUAAAUAAGAGUCCUUAGUAAUUACUAAAAUUGGGAGCAAUUUUUUCAUUUUUUAAGUUGAACAAGCAGCAUUUAAAAAAUUAGAUGCCAGUAAAGAGAACUUAAUACCAUUGUGCCCCUCAGGUCUCAGGAAAGCUAGUGGUCAUUCAGCUCACAUGAAUGUGACUUUCUUUUCUAAUCGGUGGGACUUUUCUUAUUCUCUAGCACCCGUUCCUAAUUUGAUAUCUUGGAAAUCUUUUGGAGACCUUCUUCCCGGGACAGGUGUUCCCAGCGCACCUAAUAUUACUAACUGAGCAUAUAACUAACAAACAUUGUUUCAUAGUUUCCAAGGCACUCCUGAUGGGCAGACUGUCUUUUUCAUGUUUGUAUCCCUAGCAUCCAGUAUGGUGCUUGGCACAUUAUGGCACCUCAGAAUAUGUUCAUGGUUCAAAUAGUAAGCUUUUGUAUUUGUCAGCUAAGAAAUAGUACAUCUGCAAUUUUAUACUUGGGUCUGGUCAGUGGCACAUAUCUAGUGCUGGGCUUGUACCCAAAUGGCUAAAUACUCCCCAGUGGUCCAGGAACACUGUGAAAGUAGGAGUAUGUGGAGGUGCGGCCCUGGCAGGCAAAUGCUGCCGGACGCAUAGCCCUAGUAGCAAAGGCCAGCACUUGGAUGAUCCUGGUCCCUCUGGUUUGUCACAAAGAAUAGGAUGGGAUAAAUAGAGCAUACACUUAUUUUAAUAUGGUAUGAAUUAUAAGGUCCUCCUCUAGCGGGAAACAACUGUACAGGUAUGUUACAGGAGUUUGAAAGUUCUUAUUUAUAAAAAUCUACCGAGUAUUGUUUUGUGAGAAGCCUGAAAAUGAAAAAACCACCAAACUUGAAAUCAGAACACAUGAGUUCUAGGCACAAAGGGCCACACUCCAUCAGUUUUUGUUUGUUUGGUUUUUCUUUUUGAACAAAUAACGUCAAAGGUUUCUUUUAGCUCUAACAUUCUAUUUUAUAAUUCUGGUUGGUAGUUGUGCUGUGUCAUGUGAUUAAAUUUUUUAAAAUGAGAAAUUGAGGUGGAAUUCUAUUACCAGAAUACCUGAGAUGCACUUUAAAUUGUGGAAAUGUAAGCUCCUUGAGGGCAGGGACCAUACAUCAUUUACUGUUAGAAUCCCUUGCAUCUAGUAUGGUGCACUUGGCACAUACUAGGCAGUCAAUAAAUAUUUACUGAUGAUUAAAACAAAGCUGUGCUCAAUAUACUUGAGAUACUUA